CCCUGGUCCGAGGUGCGCAUGCGCGCUGCGUUCAGUUCCCGGCGUGCUUUGCGUGGGAGCUGACGUCAGCCGCACUCUGCCCAGUCUCCGCCGCCAUUGGUGAGUGUGGAACCUGCUCAGUCCCGGGCCAGGCCUGACCGAGCCAGAGAGCGGGCCCCGGCCUCCCACAUCCAGACUCCGGCCUCCACACAGCGACCGCCCGCACCCAGCCUCCAGCACGGCUCCCGGCCUGCCCCGCGCUCCCAGCCCGAGCUUCAUGAAUGAUGUCUGCCACCAGCGUGGACCCGCAGAGACCAAAAGGACAAGACAGUAAAGUUUUCCCACUAGGACGCUCAAACAAUGAUCUUAUUUCAGUUCAAAACGGAUCCCUGCACCAGAAGGACAACGUGCAUGAUAAUGACUUUGAGCAGUAUCUGUCUGGACCGUCUAACCAGAGUAACAGCUACCCAUCCAUGACGGAUCCAUACCUUUCCAGUUACUACCCUCCAUCUAUUGGGUUUCCGUACUCUCUCAGCGAGGCACCCUGGUCAACUGGUGGGGACCCUCCGAUCCCAUACCUCACCCCGUAUGGACAGCUUAGCAAUGGCGACCAUCACUUUAUGCACGAUGCAGUUUUUGGCCAACCCGGAGGUCUGGGGAGCAAUAUCUACCAGCAUCGCUUUAACUUCUUCCCAGAAAACCCUGCUUUCUCUGCCUGGGGUACUAGUGGCUCUCAAGGGCAGCAGACACAGAACUCGGCUUAUGGGGGCAGCUAUAGCUACCCCCCAAGUUCCUUGGGCGGAACUAUAGUAGAUGGACAGACUGGCUUUCACAAUGAGACUCUGAAUAAAGCUCCCGGUAUGAACAGCAUUGAACAGGGCAUGGUUGGUCUAAAGAUUGGCAGCAAUGUCAGCGCAUCCGCAGUGAAGACUUUGGGAUCUGUGGUUAAUAGUGUAGGAAUGCCAAGUGCCCUCUCUGGCAAUGGAAGCACAAGUAUAAGUAUGCCUCCAUCAAAACCAACCUCAUGGGCGGCCAUAGCCAGUAAACCUGCCAAGCCACAGCCGAAAGCUAAAACUAAGCCGGUGACUAUUAUUGGAGGGGCCUUGCCACCACCUCCCAUCAAGCAUAACAUGGACAUAGGUACCUGGGACAAUAAGGGGCCCGUUGCAAAGUCUCCCAUGCCUCAACAAAUCCCAUCACCCCAAUCCAUCCAGCAGCCACAACCACAACAGCAGCUGUUGCAGCCCAUCCCAGCUCAACCCCCUCCUCUUUCUCAACCACCGUACCAAAAUCCUCCACCACCCCCGCAACAGCCGCAGGCACCUCAAAAUCGUUGGGUUGCCCCACGUAACAGGAAUGCAGCCUAUGGGCAAGGUGGAGGUUCAGAUGGCAAUUCCCUUGGAGGGACCCAGUCUCACGCUGUCCCUGGUAGUGAUUCCCACCCAGUUCUGGAGAAACUGAAAGCUGCCCACAGCUACAACCCCAAGGACUUCGACUGGAACCUUAAAAAUGGCCGAGUGUUUAUAAUAAAGAGUUACUCUGAGGAUGACAUCCACCGUUCCAUCAAGUACUCAAUCUGGUGUAGCACGGAGCAUGGGAACAAACGCCUGGACAGCGCGUUCCGCUCCAUGAACGCCAAAGGCCCCGUCUAUCUGCUCUUUAGCGUCAACGGCAGUGGACACUUCUGCGGGGUAGCAGAGAUGCGGUCUCCUGUGGACUAUGGCACCAGUGCUGGCGUCUGGUCUCAGGACAAGUGGAAGGGCAAAUUCGAUGUCAAGUGGCUCUUUGUCAAGGACGUCCCCAACAACCAACUUAGGCACAUCCGUCUCGAGAACAACGAUAACAAACCUGUCACAAACUCCCGAGACACACAGGAGGUGCCCUUAGAAAAAGCAAAACUGGUGCUAAAAAUCAUUGCCACUUACAAGCACACGACCUCCAUCUUUGAUGACUUUUCUCAUUAUGAGAAGCGGCAAGAAGAGGAAGAGGUCGUGCGCAAGGAACGCCAGACUCGAAGCAAACAAUAAGGAUUACCGAUUCGUCCUUGUGACUAGAACUGAUCUAAAACACAAAAAGUUACUUUUGGGGAGAGAAAAAAAAUAAUGAAAAACUCAAGAAUGAAUGAAUUUGUGGUGCAGCCUGUAGGCUUGGAGACUGAAUUUAAGCUUGAGCAUCUAUGUAUCUUCUAAAGCAGGCUACGAGCCACCUUUGUCCCUACUUUCCCACUCAUUUUCUAAAUUUCCCCUCUAUAUCUCUUUGUUUUGGCCAGUUCUCUCCUAUUUUCCUCUAGAUUCUAGAAAUGUAUCUGCAUCCCCCCAUACCAGCUGUGUAUCUCUGAUAAUACGCCUAGAAUAUGUCAAACUGACCCGUUUUAAAGCAGGACCAACUCCAAAGAUUCUUUAUUGGUGGGAAGGCAUUUUUCACAUUCAUUAUGAAAAAAAGGAUGAAUUCUCUUUUUUUUUUUUUUUUUUUUCUCCUUAUUUCUGGAAACCAUUUAAGGAAUUAUUAGUCUGAAAAUGUGAGAUGAAAGAAGUGAGAAUUGCAUAGCGUUCACCGAUUCUUCAAAAUCCUGUAAUCCACAUCAUUGAAAUUGUAUAUUCUUUCCUUUCCUUAGACUGUGUUCCAUGUGACCUCAGAUGGAAGAGCCAGGGGCAUAUUCACUAAAGCCGAACGUAUGCUUUGCAAAGUGGUAGCAAAACGUGGCCAGGUUGAAGAAUUUCACGAUUGGAGAAUCUUUUCCAACUUUGAUGAUUCCAACAGGCCUUCGUUUUGCUACCAUUUUGUAAUUUAAAUUUUUUAGUAAAUCCCUAAAGGUUGACUAAAUGGUGAAUUCUGCUGAACUACCGGGGAAACUGCGAGUUUUAAUCCGCUAUUUGGGAGAACAUGCGCAGUCCUGCUAGUUUGCUAUUCUGUUGUUAUCUCUGCCUGGUCCCAGUUU